CAACGCCGAUUGUCUCGUCGUACGCCAUACUUUGUGGUGUGAACGUAAUUUUUUGUUUCUUGGACAGAUUUUAUAAUUGCACGUUGUGUCCGCGUGGUUUAGUUAUAGUUCGGUAAAACCCUAUGAAAAAUGCUGUGAGGCUCUAAUCAGUGGCGCUACUCGAUAAUGCUGGAGAAAAAUUUGUUGAUAUAGCUUCGGUUUACUGCCUCAGUUCCUAGUGUUUCAAAUUCCAUGUCAACAAAAAUGAGUGCUUUUUGGUCUACACCUCCGGGGCAGAAUGCCCAAUCCCAACAAAUCAUGAAUCAAGCACGAAACUUGGGGAUGACUUCAGCUAUCAGUAUGGCAAUGCCAAAACCAUUAGAUGUACAGAAAACUAAAGAAUUGGCUGAAGCACUGGCUCCACAUGGUGUUUCAGAGACAGAUGAGGAGCUCAAUCACAGAAUGGAAGUUUUAAGGAAGGUAAAUGAAUUGGCCAAAGAAUGGAUUAAAGAAGUGUCUGUACAGAAAAACAUGCCUACAUCAGCAGCUGACCAUGUUGGAGGAAAAAUCUACACAUUUGGUUCUUACCGUUUGGGCGUCCACAAUAAAGGUGCAGAUAUUGAUGCUCUCUGUGUUGCUCCUCGUCAUGUUGACAGAGUUGAUUACUUCACGUCAUUUGUUGAUUUGUUGAAGAAACAACCUGAGGUCACAGAACUCCGAGCGGUUGAAGAAGCGUUUGUACCUGUCAUCAAAAUGAACUUUGAUGGGAUCGAAUUGGAUAUGUUGUUUGCCAGAUUAGCCUUGAAAGAAAUUCCAGAUAACAUGGAUUUGAAAGAUGAUAUGCUGUUAAAGAAUUUGGACCCUAAAUGUGUGCGCAGUUUAAACGGGUGUCGUGUGACUGAUGAGAUUCUACGGCUUGUUCCAAAUAUUGACAAUUUCCGUUUAGCUCUUCGAGCUAUCAAAUUAUGGGCGAAAAAACAUGGAAUUUAUAGCAACGUUUUAGGAUACUUAGGAGGAGUUUCAUGGGCUAUGUUGGUUGCACGAACGUGUCAACUAUAUCCGAAUGCUGCAGCAGCUACUUUGGUUCAGAAAUUUUUCCUAGUGUUCUCAAAAUGGGAAUGGCCCCAGCCAGUUCUUUUAAAACCUCCAGACAACGUCAAUCUAAAUUAUCCCGUAUGGGACCCACGAGUCAAUGUUUCUGAUCGGUAUCACUUGAUGCCUAUCAUCACGCCGGCCUAUCCUCAGCAGAAUUCCACCUUCAACGUCUCCUGCUCAACGCGUACUGUGAUGCAAGAGGAAUUUCGUCACGGUUUUAAUGUGACAGAAGAAAUCAUGACUGGAAAGGCUACAUGGGACAAAUUGUUCGAGCCACCCAAUUUUUUUGUAAAAUACAAGCAUUUUAUCGUCUUGAUUGCCAGCUCUUCCAGUGUAGAGGAUCAACUUGAAUGGGUUGGACUAGUGGAAUCCAAAAUUCGACAUUUGAUUUUAGCACUGGAACGUAACGACCAUAUCACGUUAGCCCACAUCAACCCUGAACAGUUUGAUCCUGUUCAGCCCGAACCAGAAACUGUCAGUACGAUGUGGUUUAUCGGUUUAGUGUUUAAAAAGACGGAAAGCCUCAACAUAGAUCUUACUCAGGACAUUCAAGCUUUCACCGCCCAAGUGCACCGUCAAGCGGCAACAGCCAAAACUGUCAAAGAUGGAAGGCGGAUAGAUGCCAAACACGUAAGAAGGAAACAACUGAGUUCUUAUUUGCCGCCUAAUUUUCUACGCACCAAACGUUUGGGAGGAAUGUCCUUGUCUACUUCGACUGGCAGUUUGUCCAACGGAAGCGGCACCCCUCCAGCAGGAACCUUUGCUCAGCCUAGAAAGAGGCCAUCGGAUGCGGCACUCGAUGCCGUCAUGAUGAAGAAAGUCAGAACAAGAGAAUCGACUGACGGAACGAGGAACUUGGAGGGGGAUGAAUGUCGCAGUCCAUUCGUUAUUAAUUCCAAUGACGAUUCCUGUUCUUCCCUGUCAGUCGAUGAUGUCCAAAACUCCUUUCCCGUACCCGUUGAAGAAGUGCAACCGUCGGAAGACGCCAAUGAUAAGGAUAUUGAGAGCUUGGUAGCGGCAAACACUGAAGACGAAACCUUCGCUUUACCUGGGGUGCCUGUUAAAAGACCGACUAACCUAACAUUGAGACGCAUGCGAUUGUGUAGCGAUGAAUUGCCGGACGUCACCACGCCCUCACCUCGGGAACCUCAUCCGACUCACCCAACCAUCAGAUUUACCCUCAAGUGAGUUUGAUUUAAAAAAAAAAAAAAAAAAAAAAGGCCAAUCUCUCUGCAAAGCAUUGAAAAAAAUAUUUAAAAAAAAAAACUAAAAAAGAAAGAAAGAAAAAAAAAAACUUUGAAUCAUGAAAGACAAAUCUUUCUUUUAUGCACACGGCAACAACAACAAAAACAUUGCGAGAGAUUGCAAACAAAAUUAAAACGGUUCGGUAUUAGAAAACCGGGAUGCCAUAUAUUGAAGAAAAACGUGUGCUGCAUAAAAUCAUGGAAAUUUCAGGCAACAAACGCAUUCGCCUAGAAAUUUUACAGCCGCGUGCGCGUUAUCAUCUGCGUAAAAAAAAUGUACGUAUGUAAUAACUUCUUAUUGUUGUGUUGCUCUUUGGUAAAAAAAAAACAACAAAAAAACAACAAAAAAAACAACAACAAACUGUCAUCUCAUCAUUCCAACGUCAACGAGAGAGAGGCAAUUGAGAAAAAAAGGAUUACAGUUUGUGUUGCAUAAAAAUUAAUUUAACGAAACUUUCCUCCUAAAAUUUGCGUUUUCUUUUUCGUCACCAGAAGAGGAAGUGUUUCCCUCCUUCCGCUUAAACCUUUUCUUAAUUUUUUGGCCCCUCUGUUUAUACGCAUGAGAAAGUGCGUGUGUAAAUGGUGCGUUCGCGACAAGCUCUGAUUAUGUUUUCGUUUAAUUCGAAAAAAAGCAAUGGGUGGCCUUUAAUGUUCCACUUAUUGUUUUCCUUUGGCUCUCUCUUGAAAAAAAAAUGAUGCUUCAUCUGUCAUCUUUUUUUUCUUUCGUUUCCAUCGCGAACAUCGAGAUAGCAUCAUGAUUUUUCUCUUUCCAAUCCCUUUUAUAAAGCGAAUGUUUACUACUCCUAACUUAAAAACAAAAAUCUAAAAAAAAGUUCACCAACAGAAAUUAGUUUCUAAUUUUUUUUUCUCGUUUUUUUUCUAGUGUGUAUCAUUUCUUUGUCAUUUGUACUUUGACUGGCGUUCAAACGGAUAAAAAUAAACGGGAUCAUUUUGGUUUCCUUCCCAAACCCCCCCCC